AUGCUUUUAAGGCUAAUUUCACUAUUCGAAGACAGCGUUUUUGGAGCCCCUGGCGUCGAACUGUUCGGCAGAUGCAGCCAAGAUGACAUCAACAGGGAGGGUCAUCUUCCUUAUUGUCGAUGUUCCCCUAUCAACUCGGAAGGGUUCCAUCGAUUAAAAUUAGAAUCGAUGGAAGAUGCAUAUGAGAGAAGACUAAAGAUUGAAUGUGAAAUAUGGGAAGAGGGUGGAUGUUAUUGGUAUCUUGAUCUGGAAAGUCAUCGGUCGGACGUUGGAGUCGCUGGAGCCGGAGCCGCCACCUCUCACCGGAAUAGGUUUCCAACGUGGGUUACUGUCUGGGAUCUUUGCAACCUCUAUCUUCAUCUGUACGGAGGUGACGACGGCCAUUUAACAAACCCUAAAUUGUCACCAAGAAAAGCUCAAGAUCUCCGCCGCCAUGCUCCUACGAUUCUUCAGAUCUAUUUUGGACUCACACUCGAAACACCAAAACCCUCUUUGUCAGCUUCAGAUCUUCGCCUCUAUGAUCCUUCGAUUUGA